CAUUUUAGGCCGCGCAAUGAACUAUGAAGUGUUAUCACUUUAUUUUUUUUACAUAUAGUUAUCUAUGAUUUGUAUGUACAUUAUAAGUACCACACUGCUGAAUUUUAUUUUGAAAAUUCAAAUUUCUCUCAGAAUAUAUGGACACGUAAUUUUCUAAUUAAAAUAAAAUCAUGAGUGCUUUAAAUCUAAGGAAUGUCAAACGUGAUUUUGCUCAGCUCAAUUAUCGUCCAGAUAUUUGUCAUCCAAAUUUAAUUAAAGAACUGAAAUAUAUUUUAGAGAUUACUGGUAAACUAUUUAUGAUUUUAUAUAAAAUACUGGUAAACAAAACAAACACUUAAUUUUUCAGGUUUAAAACAAGAAUAUGAUACCGUUCUAAGUAAUUUAAAUACCCAUUCGCUCAUCAGCAUUAUUCAACAUGUAAUUAUAGUUGUGUGUAAAUUAUGUAGUUUUGUAAUAUUUGAUUUAUUUGGGUUCACUUUAGGUAUGCAAAGUAUGUUAUUCGGAUACAGAUACAUUAAGUGAAGAAAUUGCUAAUGAUUUAGUUAGAUUUCUUGCUAUAAUAUAUACCGAACAUUGUAUUGAUGAUAAAGUGAAACGUGCUGUUACAAAGUAAUUACCUAUUGAAUGAUUUAUUUCUAUUGUAAUUUAAUGUGUGUCUAAUAUUUACUUAUUAAUCAGAUGCCUAAAAUCUUGUCCAGAAAAGUGGCAACCAGAAUUAUCGUCUGCCAUUACAUACCAAUUUAUGAUAUUUCUAGAAAAAGGACAUAAUCAAAGUGAAGCAGAAUAUUUUUUAAAAACACUGAAUGAAUGUUCUGAACAUUUUCCAACAAUUAUUUUUAAUUCUAUUAAAAAAUUCUUGGCAUUUUUUGAACUUACUCUUAAGAACUCAUAUAACAUAUUAGUGUAAGUACACAAUUAAAACUAUAUGAUUAUAUUUAUUUCUAAGUUUUUAAAGGGGUAAUCUCCUUUAAAAACUUAAAAAGCUGUUGCAAAAUUAUAUUUACCUAUAUUCAUGAAGUUAAUAACUAAUUUAUGUUUUUCAUUUAAAAAAAUGUGUGUACCUAACUAUAUUAAUUUUUAAUUUUUAGGUGUGAAAGCUCUCCUACACAAAAAAUAUCUGCCAUUAGAUGUAUUCAUGAAGGAUUUCGUUUUUACCUAACAGCAUAUAAAAAAAAAUUACUUCCUGAAGCUAUUGGUUUUACAUCAGACCUUCAUGACUGUUUUGUGGUUCUUUUAGAUUGUGAUCAUUUGCCUAUGGAGACCAUUUUUAACUGUUGCCUUUCUAUAUUAUAUACACACAGAAAAUAUGGUUAUUCCUCACUUGCAGGCUGGGAUGUAAUAAUAACUAAUUAUUAGAAAAAUUUAAAAAAAAUAUUACUUUCAAUUAUGUUUUAGAUGUGUAUGCAAAAACUUGCAACACACACUGAUUUGGUUAAGUUGGGAUUUUGUGAUGCUAUAUUAAAUACUUUCACUUGCAAAGAACUAAAACUAAAUAGUCCUAAAAGUGAAGAACCAAUUUUUAUUAGUCUAUAUAAUAGUAUUGUUAACGUAAGCAUCAGGUAACAAAUUAUUUUUGAAAUAUUGUACUUAUUAAUUAUUAUAUUUUAUUUGUAUCCUCUUACAAUUGUGUUUAUUAAAUUAUAUUUUUUUAGAAAUUUAAAUAAUAGCAGUAUUUCACUAUCUUCAAGCCGAGUUUUAUUAGUAUUUACUAAACGAAUGAAAUCGAUUACCGCUAAGAAUAUGCUAAAUAAAAUGGAUAAAAACAAAGUUGAAAGCUUAAUUGAUUUUCUUUGGGCACGUAUGGAUCAUAUUCUAGAUGGUGUUAGACAUAUGACUAGAGAAACUAUGGUCACUUUAUUAAAAGUAAAAGGUAUUAUUUUGUCUAAUAGUUUACUAUAUUAUAAACUCAAUUGUCUAUGAAUUAUUUUUUUAAAAAUUAUGUUUAGAUGAAAAUGUAUUCAUUAAGGUGUUAGAACGUUUAUCACUUUCUGAUCAAAAUUCAAAGGGCUUUUUUAUUGUUUUAACAUUAUUAUCAAAUCAAGUUGAUUCAAGAUUAGUUAUUAAAUAUUUACCAAAUAUUGCUGAUACUUUAUUACAUUUAAUGUGUUCUAAUAAUUCAGUAAGUAGUUGUAAAUUUAAAAUAAAAGUUGAAAUUCUAAGCAUUAACUUUUCUAUAAUUUUAUCUAUCGGUAUUGCGUAUACAGUAUACACAAUUGUUUAAACUGUCAUUAUUAUUUAUAGGCUACAACAGUUUUUAUAAAUUUAAUGUUAAAUCAUUAUACCACUACCGAAUGUAAACUAUGGUUUGACUAUUGGUUGUAUCCAUUAUUUAAAAAUACAGCAAAAUUGGAUGUAAAACAUUUUGAACAAAUUAUGGCCAAAGCUGUUGAACUAUCUCCAGAUGUUUCAAAGUACCUCUAUGAGUGAGUUCAUGAUAUUUUCAUUCUUCUAUAUUAUCUAUUUUAAAAAUAUAUUAUUAGAUUAUUAAAAUGUUGAUAAAUGUAUUGAAGAAUAUAUAAGAUUUAGUUUUUAUUUAUUUCUUUUCAAUUUUUGUGUGUGUCUGUUUGAUUUAGUUUAAGUAAUCAAAAUGAUUUGGCGUUAAAAAUAUAUUUAGUUUGUUUUAAUGUGGAAAAAAAAAGGUAUUUGGCGAAUUAUAAUAACGGAAAUUGGAUGAGUUCAACCAAUAUUGACAUUAUUAAAAAAGCUCUACAUAGUAAUGAUGAAAAUGUAUGUUAUUAAAUGUGUAUUUUUUAAAACUAUUAGGCUAGUAACAUAAUACUUGACAUAUAAUGUUUUUAAUUAAAAUAUUAUUUUGUAUAGACCCGUUUUAGUGCUGUACAUCUUAUUUUGGAUUGUCACAAAAAAACUCAGCCAUUCACAGAAAAUGAAUUAGAGUUGAUAAAGUAUUUUAUUACUUAUAAUAUCAAACACGAAAAACCGUCAAUUAAACAAACAAAUUUGAGCUUUAUUAAAAAAGUAUGUAUUUAAGAAAAUAAUUAUGAAUGCACUUUUAUAUCAUAGUUUUUGAGGCUUAAUAUUUUAUUUAAAUUAUACAUUAUUUUUUUAUUUCAGACACUAUUAAGAAUAAAAGAAAGUCAAUUUUCUGCUACAGUUAGAAAUAAUGAAUCUUUAAAUAUAACAGUAACAAAAUACUACACAGACUUUCAACAAUGGUUUUCUAAGUUCUGUUUUGAUAACCUUUUUCCCGAUGCUACUUUUUCUAGACGUAAUUUUUCUCUUGAAUCAUUAUGUCUUAUCCAAACAUGUCUGUCACCCACAGGUAUAAUUGGACUUAAUGAAUCCAACAAUAUCACUUUACUUUUAAAUCGUUUAUGGGAUACAUAUGAACAAAAUAAAAUAUUAGCUAAAAAUAUAUUAGUUUUCAAAAAUCAAGAACCAAUAAAAUUGGUAAUUUUUAUUUUUAUAAUGCAUGGUUUUUAAAAUAUAUUAAAUACUAUUAAUUAGCUUUAAUUUAUAUUUUAAAGGAUAACACGGUAAUUGAGGAUAUGCUAAAAACAUCAAAAAUAUUAGCAUCAAGUACUAGUCCACCUGAUUGUAUAACAGCUGGAUACUUAUUGGAAGUAGUAAUUUUUUUACAAGGAAACAAGAAGUAAGUUGAAAUUAUAAAAAUAUUAAAUUAAACAUAUUUUGUUUUAAUAUUAUACUUUAUGAACUGUAAAUUAUAUUUAAAAAAAAUAUAAUGCAGGGUAAUUGAUUUAUCAUGAACCAUCAAUUUUUUUAGAGUAUUUCAAGUGAAUUUAAUUUCUGUUUUUUUUUUUUUUUUUUAAUGUGGAGCCAUUUAACAUUUAUUUUAAAACCGUUUUUAAUGUUUUAUUCCUGCUUUACAUAUUUUUAAUUUUCAAACAGUAUCAUAAUUUCUAAACAAAUAUUCUCUGUAUGAAUCUAUGAUUGAAAAUGUAUGAAGGUAUUUAUUUAAAAAUCCAAAGUGGAUAAUUAUUUCAGGUAUAAGGAGCAAGGACAAAAAAUUGAAAAUAGUGUUAAAAUAAAGUUUAAACGAUUCCAUAAUGAUUAAAAAAAAAAAAAAAACUGGUAUCAAAUUCACUUAAAAUGUGUGGUUCGUGAAAAAAAAAAUCACCCUGUUUAUAUAAAUAUACACCAGAACUUAUUAUAAUAUGUAACAUAUAUUUCAAUACAAUGUUUUAAAUUAUAAAUGAUCUUAAAUAUUUGUUUUGUAUUUUAAGAUUAAGUAUUAUUUUAUGUUAUGUACAUUUUGUAUCUACUGAGAAAAAAAGGAAUACCUUAUAUCUUUUAUCUUAUUUAUAAUAAACAUAAUAAAUAAAUAUUCAAAAUUGAAUGAUUUUCUAGUUGCGAAGAUUAUACAUAUGUUAUUAUAGUGGAAUUAAUAAAUAAUCUUAAAAAAGAAGUUGCUCUAGCAGAAGAAAGUCUGACUUUAGCAUCAGCAAAUGGGCCUAUGUAUGGAUUGAUUCAUACUAUAAGACAUUUACUGAAUACCCUUAAUUGGAAGUGAGUUGCUUUUUUAAUAUCAUUUAACCUAUGAAAAAAAUUUAAUUUGUAGUACAAUGAUUAAAUACUCAAUUACAGAAAUUAUGGUUCAAAAAAUAAUUGGACUACUUGCAUAGAAGAUUUAUCAAGUAUUUGUUUAAAAUGUGAAAAACUUGUAUCUAUCGUUGUAAAUGAUUCCUCUCCUGAAGGCAUUAUUCCAAUGGAUGGUAAAAAAUUAGUAUAAAUAUUUUCCAUUCAAACUAAUUUAAAAAUUACCAUUUUACUUAGAAAUACCGUAUUUUAGAUUUAUAUCAAAAUGAUAGUCAAGUAACUUCACAAAUGGUUCUUCUUUGCUGCUGGCGUACAGCGAAGGAAGCAUCAUUAUUGUUAAGUGAUAUAGUUGGUAUUAUUACAAUACAAGAAUCAGAAUUUAAUAAUACUUUGAUAACAAAAAUUUGUUCAUGCUUAACUUUAUCACUUGCUGAAACUAAACACCGAGGUGCAUUUGAACAAAUAUAUGUUGCAUACUUAAAAGUGUGCUCUACUAUGUGGAAGUAGGUAUAUUCAUUAUUCAUUAUAAAAUAAUAUAUAUUAUAUAAUAUGCAUUUAUAAAUAAGUAUUUGUAUGUUUAUUUUACACUCCAUUUAUGUGAAAAAUUAAGGUUUAAUAUAAAAGUAAAUUUAAAUAUAAUCAUGAAAGUAAUUUAACUUCUAAUAGAAAAAGAAACUAGUUGUGUAAAAUUAUAUUUUAAUUAUUUAGGUCUCCUGCAUUACAUAAAAUACCUCUAAAAUAUCUGGAAGAUGUAUUGACUGAGAUUAAAACUGGAUUAAAUGAAACAUUUUGUGUUACGAGAAGGAGUGCUGGAAUGCCAUUUAUUAUUCAAGUAAGACAUUACCUUAAAUAUUAUUAAUAAUUUUAUCACAUAUUAAUUAAUUUUAGGCACUGAUUUGUACAAACCACGAUAAAAGACAAAUUGUGAACCAUACAAUGGAAACAUUAAUUACUAUUUGUAAUAAUAGUGAAAGUUUAGAAGCUGGAGUGGUUCACGCUUUAAAUGUUUUAAGAGCAUUAUUUCGAUGUUCUCAAUUAGGAGACCUUGUUGGUCUUUUUCUGUCUAGAGCGAUUAAUAUUUCAAUUGUAUUAUUCAACUCAUCAUCAUGGCCAGUAAGUUUUAUUAGUAUUAUUUAUUAGAAUUGUUCUGGAAUUUAAAAUUUUAUUGUAUAAUUACUUUGUUUAAUUAUAUUAUCAUAGAAAAUAUAUAUAUAUAUAUAUAUAUAUAAAUAUUUACAUAUUUUUAAUAAAUUAAUUUUUUAAUUCAAGAGUUAAACAACAUAAAAUUAUGAAAAUUAGUUUAAUUUUUUGUAUUUAACUUGUUUAUUUGUUUAUUGAAUAUAUUUUUAGGUAGAUAUUUAAUUCAAUAAAUCUUUACAUUUUAUUAGAUUCGUAAUUCAUCUACACUAUUACUAAGUGCAUUGGUUAAUCGUGUAUUUGGUGUUCCACGAUCUUCUACAGAAAUAUCGUGGAAGAAUCGUAUGACUGGACGAGAGUUUUUUGAAAGAUAUCCAGAGUUGUAUAUAACUUUUUUAAAUGAAUUCAAAAAGUUUUCACCAAUGGAUAUGAGGCCUUCAUUGUAUCCUACAUUAUUACUACUUGCUAGACUAUAUCCGUCUGCUAACGAAGCCACUGAAUGUAUUUACCAAGUAAGUUCACUAUGAAUAAUUUUUAAUAUUUGAAAUUAUAAUUUUCAUAGUUUCAUGAAAUCUACUAAUAUAUUAAAAACACAAUUAAUAUUUGUAUUUAUUUCGAUUCUUUUCAAGUUAUCUGUUUACAUCCCAUAUAUAUUUAAAUGUGCUCAAAGUCCUGUUAUGAAAACUAGAAUGUUAGCAGCGACAUCUAUUGCACCUCAAGUUACGCAAAUUGAAUUGGUUAAGCACAUUUUUAUCACAUUCAAUGAAUUAACAAAUAAAAAUUUAAAUGAAAAUACAAAACACGGACUUUUAUUACAAGUAAUUAAACAUAUUUUCUAUAAAAUAAUUUAAAAUAAUUCUAAUAAAAUUGUAUUUUAGGUGUUUAGUUUGGUUGAAAAUUUACCUAAACUUGAAUCAAAUGAUUUAAGUAAAUUAGUAAGGUUAACAGAAAAUCUAUCAAUGAAAUACAACCAAUUCAAUAAUUGUUCUUAUGUGGUGAAAGAAGUUUUCUUAAGGUGCAUUACAUGUCUAUGGCUUCAACUUGAUAAGUUACAUUAUAAUUAUGUUGAACCUAUUUAUACAUCAACCUUGGAAACAAUUACAAAAUAUAUUAAAUCUAAUGAUAUUGGGCGAUCAAAAUAUUUAGAAAGUGCUAUUUUAUUCUUAUUUUCAAUUAGUUUAAAAGCUCAAACUGACUUUUCAAUAGUUGUGUACAAUGUUAUGAAAAGUAAAAUGCAGUGUGAAAUAAUAUUUGAAGUAUUAAGUAUUAUCUUGUCUGAAAAACCUAUUGAGUUUUGUGAUCAUUUAGACAAAUUUAAAAAUCUUAAAUAUUGGAAUCGUCAAGUUUUAAUGAAUCAAUUAUUGGCCAAUAAAAUUCUUAUUGAGUUAGUCUGUCAACAAUGCACUAUCAUUGAUUCUUUAAUUCAUGUGAAAUAUUUGGUUUUAUCAAAUUUUACACCAGCAUUAGUUGAGUAUUUUAAAGUUUAUGAACCAAUUGACAAUUUCAUUUCAAAAGUUUUUUGUCUUAGAAGAGAUAUUGAAAUUUCCCAAGCUCUAUUAUGUAUUAAUGGAUAUUUACAAACCCAAGUAAGUAGUGAAAUCACAUGUUUUAUGUAAUUUCAAUAAUAUUAUGCAACAAUAGUGGCAAUUAUUAAAUUUUUAUUUUUAGAAAUUAUUAGAACAGUCUGUAACAAUAAAAUUAAUUCAAAUCUUUGAGAAUAUUUAUUAUGGCCAACGAUCUGAUGACUGCAAGAAUGCUUGUGUUGACAUAAUUAUUGAUAAUUAUAAUUUACUUAUUGAAAACAACUUGUUAGACAUUAAAACGUGUAAGUACAUGUAACUAAUCAAAUUUUGUUUUUAGUAACUAUGAGUGCUCUAUUAAAAGGCAAUGUGAUUUUCUAAAUUAAACAAGAGAAAAAACAAUUUAAUUUUACAUCAUAUUUUAUCUAAUUUUAGAAUCAUUUUUCAUUAACAUUCUUGUGUACAGGUAUCAAUUAAAUAAUUGUAUGUAUUCCCAUCUGCAACAGUGACACACCCACCAGCAGUAACAGUUCUCAUUAUUAUUAUUAUUUUAUGUUAUCUACUAUAAAAAGGUAUAAUAAUAUUGAUAAUAAUGAUAUUCAGUUUAAAUUUUGAUUUUAUUUUGUAAGUUCUACUAAUAAUAUAAAUUGGGUUAGAAUGUUUAUGAUUUUGCAUAAUUUGUUUAUGUUGCUAUAUAGCAUCUAUUUUUGUAUAUAAAUGAGUUUCAUGAUGUCUUUAAUCAAAUUAUUAAAUGUUUAUUUUGCAUAUUUUAUGAUUUUUUUUAUUUUAAGGGAAUAUUUCGUAAUUUUCGAUACAAAAUGACAAAAAAUAUUGUCAUUUUAUAUUUUAUUAACUGAGUCAUCUAAUCUUUAGUUAUUUUUAUUUUAUUAUUAUAUCAUACAUACAAAUUUUCAUUCAUCUAUUGUUGAAUGUUUACUAUGGAUACACAAAUUAAAGAUACUAAAAAUAUAAUUUCCAAUAAAAUUUGCCAAUUGUAAUAAUUGAUUACAUAUUUUUUUUUUUUAUAGAGAGAUUUUAUUUUUAAUAGAUUCAAGAACUAUUAAAAAUAAAAUAUUAAAUAUUUGAAAUAUUUAAAACAAACAAUCUUUGUUCAAUGCAACUGCCCUGUUAAAAUAUUUUUAUUUUUUUUGAUAUUUACUUUAAUUUCCAUUUCUAUUAUAUUUCAUAAAAUCAUAAUAAUUAUUAAUUAACAGCAAGCUUAAAAUAUAUAGGUACCUGUUUUUAAUUUGUCUUUUUGAAAUUGAUUUUGUGUCUAUAGUAAUUUAUUUAUAACACAUUAUUUAUCUGGUUUUUAGUGCCUAAGUAUAUACAUAUUUAUUUUAUAUAGUGCAUAAAGAUCCUAACCCUAAGUAUAAAUAAUAGGUACUAUCAAGAAUGUAUUAUUUAUGUAUCAUUAUUAUUAUCAUUAUUUAAAUCAAACAUUCAUGUUUCAAUUAUGUGUUUAAUUUUGUACCAUUAUUAAGCCAGUCAAAAUAACAAAUGAAUAAACAUAUUUUUAUUUUUUUUUGUAGUCUUAAAAUUAUGGACAAUAAUGAUACACUAUUCUGAAGAUAACAGUGAAAAAGUAAGGAAUCAUGUAUGGCGUUUGGUGAACCAAGAUGCAAACUGUAUAAAAUCAUCUGAAUUAUUAUUUGACAAGUUUGCAGAACACUUUAAUCAAUUUCCAUCUGCUGUAUUUACAGCUUUAAUAUGUUGGUCAUAUUUAGAUGUAGAAUUACCUCAAGAUCGUCUAGAAGUACUACUUAUUUUUUUCUUAACAUUUUAUUUUAUUUGUAUUCAAAUUAUGUUUUGCCUUAACAGGGACAAGUAUUUGAUGGUGGAGAUACUAGUGAAUACAAAGAACUUACAAUUCGACAGAAUCUUGCACUUAAAAUAAUAAUGAAUUUAACAAACAGCUACCCAAGUCAGUCAAUGGACUUAGAAAUAAACAAACAUUUACAAGAAUGGAUAACUGAAGAAUGGACUUCUGAGUUUGAUGUUAAACCAAAAAUUGAGGACUUGAAAACUGUUGGAAAUUUCAAUGAUUAUGCUAAAGGUUUUUAUUCAAAGAUUAGUGGACUCAUUAAAAAGCACAAUUAAUAAAAUUAAUUUGACUUUAAACUAGUAAUUUUUUUUAUUAAAACACAACAAUUUGUAAACAUUAGUUGUUUUAUUAUUGUUAUUUUUUUUUCUAAGAGUUUGUUCUUUUAAUUUGUACGUUUUAAUGAAAACAUUAUAAUCAUUAUUAGCUGAUUAAUAACAAAAAAACCGUUUUUAUCUUGUACUUAAUCUAAUUCAUAAUAGUAUAUAUAUAACUGAACAGCUGUCUAUUGAUAUUUAUAUAAUCUAUAGGUUUUAGAAGGUUUUUUUUUUGUGUCUAGUUAGUGUACUGAGAACAAUCAAUAAUACAUAUUUUUUGAGGCAUGAUUUUACUAUAGACACGGACAGAAAGAUGAAUGAACAGUGAGCACUAAUGUGACUAAUGUGAUUUCAAUCUAUAACAAUCUAUCACAGUCCACAAUAAAUAAUAUAAUCUAAUACUCAACAAUAAUGUCUAUAAUCAAAAGAAUGUGUGCUGUCUUAUCUCAACUUAAAAAUAGUUUUAAGUAAUUAUUAUACAAUAAAUAUUUAAGUAUACAAUAAUUUUAUUUAUCAAACUUUAUUAUAAAGUACCUAAUCUUUUUCUUAUUAAUAAAAUAAAAUAAUAAUUAUGUUGUAUUUGGUUCUUUGUAGUAGUAGAAAGCGUU